GCUUAUUUUAUUGAUAAAGCCGAAAAUGAGGUUUUGUGAUCACGGCGCGUACUACGAAAAUCGCUAUUUUGUGCGUUGGCAAAAACCAAAGGAAAUUAUCGAUUUUCGUCUGCCAAUUUUGGAAAAUUGCGCGGUUGCAUUUGGUGAUGCCAUUCUGAAAACGAGUGAUGGCGUAUCAAUUGGUGUGGAAGAUGGUGUUGAUAUCGUCUGCAAUCCGUCGGCCAGUUUUCAUGUUUUGGGCAGUUUGGACCAUCGAAUCAAUAACCUCGUUAUGGAAAGCACCGCUAAGGCGGGCGGUAUCUGUUUGUAUUCAAAUUUUCGUGGCUGUGACGGUGAGCGUGUCUUUUACGAUGGUGGGUCAGCAAUCGCGCAAAAUGGACAACUGUAUGCUCGGAUACCUCAAUUUGACAUUGAAGAUGUGGUAUGCUUCCUUCAGCUUUUCGGUUUUUAACU